UCUCCCUCUCUCUCAGUGGUCAUUUGGUGUGACUAUGUGGGAGAUAGCAUCGCGAGGCCAGACUCCGUACCCAGGUGUGGAGAACAGUGAGAUAUAUGACUACCUGAGACAAGGAAACCGUCUCAAACAACCUCCAGACUGUCUGGACAGCAUUUAUUCCCUGAUGUUCUCCUGCUGGUUCUUGAGUCCUAAGGACCGUCCUCUGUUUGAGACUCUACGCGGGGAGCUGCAGAAGGCGCUCGAGGACCUGCCGGACUCCCAGGACCCAGAUGAGAUCCUCUACGUCAACAUGGAGGAGUCGAUGGAGCUGGGAGCCGUGGGAGGACGCGACCCGGCCGGGGGCCUGAAGGGCUUGGACUCUGUGGCCACAGUGGAGGUGCACCACACUCACCCUAGCCGCUAUGUCCUCUGUCCCCAACACGACACCAACCGCCUGCACUCUGACUCCCUGGAGAGUCUCAACCUGGUGUCCUCCUCCUCCGCCACGCUGCCCCUGGGGACGACCCUACAACCCUCCGGCUGCUCCACCCCGACAAGCACGGCAGAGGUACAGGAGGACAGGGGAGGGCCCAGGAGGGUACCCUGGUAGUGAUGAAGGGCUCUACGCUCACCACUGUCACAGAGUCAAUACAGACUGGUCAAUACCAUCAGAACUAUACAAUCCUUCCUGUUGGUAGUCACUGUCACAGUCUUGACAGACAGACUGGACAAUACCAUUUAAUCCCAAUCAAAUCAUUUAGCAAGCCUUUUUUUGCACAAACAUACUCCUACACACACCCAUACACACUCCUUUAGGCAUUCCACGUUGUGAUUGAAAUAGUGGGAUUGUCAAAAUGUAUAUAGCUACGUCCUCACAUCUCCUCCUUCUUAAGCAUACUUCGUAUCAUAAUGAGUCUACAGGCUAUUGGCCCUGAAACCCCUCAGACAGACCAGACAGUAAAGACUAGUUCCCCUCAGACAGACCAGACAGUAAAGACUAGUUCCCCUCAGACAGA